AUGGCUUCCUCCAGUAAACUAACCGGUACGGGAUUAGAAGAAGCGGGAGUGCCCGGCCAGUCUUUUCUCCGUGAUGCACUUACUAGCUGCACCGACCCUCUAAAGGCCAUUGAAGAGUUCCAGCUAGAGAAUGGUAUAUUGUUACCUUCUUUACGACCUAUGCUGCCUUUACUAGACCUUCAUGGAGUGCGUAGGCUGGACUUUCACACAUCUGUACUUGAAGAAUUGAGAGACAAACUGAUUGCUCACAUAAACGAGCCCGUAGGUAAAGAUGGCAAAGAAACUGACAAAAAGCUUAAAGAACUACUUUCUAAAAGCUUUCUCGUGGUUGGAGUGAAGGCUUUAAGACCUGUAAUUAUGAGUAUCUUAAAAAAUACACCCAAUAUUGAUGAUAAGUACCUCAAAGUUUUAGUUAGAGACAGGGAAUUGUAUAACGACACGGCCACAGAGGUAAAACGACAAAUAUGGCAGGAUAACCAAUCUUUGUUUGGUGAUGAGGUAUCACCAUUAUUGAGCCAGUACAUAAGGGAAAAAGAGAAUGUUUUGUUUGAUCAUGAAAAUCACACAAAUCUAUUCUUUUCAUCAUCACCAAAAGGAAGAAGACAAGGUUCUGUUGUAACAAGACUAGCGCAUAUGAUCGGCUAUAGUGUAAAACUAUAUGACAUGGUGUUACAAUUUCUUCGUACAUUGUUUCUGAGAACAAGGAAUGUGCAUUACUGCACUUUGAGAGCUGAGUUGUUAAUGGCUCUGCACGAUAUAGACAUACAAAAGAUCAUAGCUGUAGACCCCUGUCACAAAUUCACUUGGUGCUUAGAUGCCUGUAUCAGGGAGAGAAAUGUAGAUAUAAAGAGAUCUAGAGAACUCCAAGGGUUUUUAGACAGCAUUAAGAAAGGUCAAGAGCAAGUGUUAGGUGAUUUAUCAAUGACACUCUGUGACCCUUAUGCGAUAAACUUCUUAGCUACAUCUGCUAUUAAGAUAUUACAACAUUUAAUUAACACAGAAGGUCUUCCGAGGGAUAACGUUAUUUUAAUUCUACUAAUUCGGAUGUUAGCAUUAGGUUUAAGUGCUUGGGUAAUGAUUGAUUCACAAGAAUUUAAGGAGCCCAAAAUGGACAGUCAAGUGGUCACGAAAUAUUUACCGGCUUUAAUGUCACUGAUGGUAGAUGACCAAGUGCGAGCCUUACACAAUAAACUACCUCCAGAUGAAAGAGAGUCAGCAAUAACUACUAUUGAACAUUCAGGUCCCCCUCCUGAUGCUUGUGAAGCUUAUAUGAGAGAAAGUCCGGUUUGCGGUAUCCUUGCGAUGUAUUACACACUUCACGCAGCAAAGGUGCGAGAUAGAGGGGCGCUCUUACGUAUUUUGAGUAUUUUAGGCAGUUGUAAAGACAGCAGAGCAUAUGAAGACCCAUUCUUACAUGCGCUUGUUUCUUUACUAGUACAAUGGCCUGAUGAAUUUCACGGUGAAGACUUUAGUACCGUAUUGUUUGAUGAAUUUUUCUUUGCCGGGCUUUCAAAGGACAAUGUUACAAGACAUUUACUGAAACUGCUUUGGAAUAUUCAUACUAAAUUACCAGAGACAAGAGUACAAACUCUGAUGAAAGCCCUUCAACCAGGUACACAGCACAAUGAGUCUGUGCACAAGCUCUAUGAAACUUUACAGCAAAAAUUGACAACUCAGGCAGAGCCCAUGCCUAGUAGUAGCGACAUGGAGUAUUUGGACUCGCCUCUAAUGAGUGUUCCUACACCUGCACCUUUUCAUAUGUAG